AUGCGCAAUUUGCUCGAAAGACGGCCUGGUGGCUCUAGUGCCGGAGAUGCUGGGAAUGUGUUUACUAUACGAGUGUAUUUCCUGGCUAUCGUCACCUCAAUGGGGGCGUUCCUAUUCGGAUAUGACAUGGCCUUUAUCGGCACAUUGAUUGAGUUACACUCCUUUAAGAAGGACUUCGGGUUGGAGCACGCUUCCAAGUCUGUCGAGGAUGCCUUUGCAGCCAAUAUUGUAUCGCUCUUACAAGCGGGCUGCUUCUUCGGAUCUCUCAUCUCUGCCCCGCUGAGUGAUCGUCUUGGACGCAAGCUUGCUCUCGCGUUGGCGGGCCUGACCUUCUGCGUCGGAACAACUAUGCAGGUUGCAUCGUUGGGAAGGGAGGCUGUGAUGUUUGUAGGAAGAUUUGUUUGUGGUCUCGCUGUCGGUGCUGCAAGUAUGCUCGUUCCCUUGUACACGGCCGAGUGCUCUCCACCUCAAAUUCGGGGGCGUCUGGUCGGUAUAUUCGAGAUUGGCGUUCAGGUGGGAAUGUGCAUCGGAUUCUGGAUAAACUACGCUGUCGAUCAAACUAUGGCACCGUCGACCUCCCAAUGGUUGACGCCAUUUGCCAUCCAAUUUGUUCCCGGAGGGCUUCUGAUUAUUGGUCUGCUUUUCCUUCCCGAAUCUCCGAGAUGGAUUGCAAGGGUUCGGGGACAGAGGUUCGCCAGGCAAUCCCUGUCGUACCUGCGGGGACUCCCCGAAACUCAUCCAUCUGUGGAGUCGGAACUCAAUGAUAUCAUUGCCCAGAUCGAGGACGAAAGGGCGAAUAACCCCGGAAAGGGACUCUGGGUCGAGAUCAAAGAGCUAACGCACCCUGGUAUCAGAGACAGGCUCUUCCUGGGUUUCAUGAUUAUGGUUUUCUUCCAAAUGGCUGGCUCCAACGCGAUCAAUCAUUACUCUCCUCGAAUAUUCCGAUCGAUCGGUCUAACUGGUAGUAAGACCACUCUGAUUUCGACGGGGCUCUAUGGAAUAGUCCGACUGGUCGCUGUUUGCAUCGCCAUGUAUUGGAUUGUCGACCGCUUGGGGCGGACGCGAAUGUUGAUUUGGGGGAGUGCUCUGAUGGCGUUUUGCAUAUGGUUUAUUGGGCCUUUCGUUAAGCUACACGCUACCACCAACCACGCUGCCGCUGAGGGACACAUCAGUGCCGGAUCAUAUGCCGCCGCCGUGUUUAUCUUUGUUUAUGCCGUCGGCUUCUGUUUCAGUUGGGCUGGCGUACCAUGGAUCAUCUGCUCGGAGAUCUACCCGUUACGCGGGCGGAGUCUUUGUGUGGCCAUCUGUACGGCUACCCACUGGCUUCUGAACUUCGUCAUUGCCCGCAGUGUCCCUUAUAUGAUUCGGAAUAUCAAAUACGGAACGUAUUUCUUCUUUGCCAGUUUCCUGACCCUGGCGAUCCCGUUUGUGUGGUUAAUGGUGCCGGAGACGAAGGAGCUGAAACUCGAAGAGGUGGAUGGUGUCUUUCAAAAUCGAACCUUUUGGGGAAGACAAAAAUCUCAGUUACCUCGCCGGGAUCGUGCUUAUCCUGGUUCUGUGGAUGCUGGAAAGGCCGAGACUGGGAGAGUUGAAGAUGUCAGGGGCGCCGGAGUCAAGGAGGUUGAGAGGGUGGAUACUUUGAAGAAGUAUUGGCUUAACACCCUGCCUGACUGA